UUUAUUGUGGAUGUCAUUUCUAUUUCAACCCCACCACACUAAAAGGAAACUAAAUAUGGACUCCGAUUGAAUCAUUGUAUUCUCUCAGCUUUUUUUUUAAACUCAUAUUACUUUCCUUUUUAUUUUUCUGAACGAUUUUACAUCAACUCACUACAGAAACAUACAUAUGGAUGAGUCUGUAUACAUAGAUAUAUAUCUCUCUCUCUGAAAUGUGCGUGCAGACGCGAUGCUAUUUUAAUGUGAAAAAGAGCAUCUCCUGAAAAACACGAGUUGUUUGCUCCUAGUAAGGCCAACAGUUUAAAUAGCGAAGACAGAAAGACUAGAGAUAGACAGGGAAGUACAGCUGAAUUGCUGAGACGAGAGUGAGGGAAGGAUAGGUAGAUAUUUCUUUAAUGAUUUCGCUAAAAAAAAAGACUCAUUAUUGGAUUGAUUACUAGAUGAAUAUAUAAAUGAUAGAGUGGAGAGAAAGAAAGAGUAAGCUUUUCUUUACCGUUGGAUUGUUUUUGUUUAGUAUUUUGUAUAUCUGUUUAUUCUAUUCAGCAUUAUUGCAUUCCAAUUUAAUUAAUCCAGAUUGUCUAAAAUAGGAAUGCCAACAACCAAGAGAACUGUCCUUGUAACAGGCUUCGGGCCUUUUGGAGUACACAAAGUCAACGCCAGUUGGGUUGUAGUACAACAUGUAGCCAAACUAGGUCUUGGUGAUGAUGUCUGCCUUAUUGUUAAAGAAGUACCUGUAGCUUAUAAAAGUGUUAAAACUGAUAUUCCCUUGUUAUGGUCUGAAUUCAAUCCUGUGUUGGUAAUCCAUGUCGGUGUGUCAGGUAUUGCCAACACAUUGACUUUAGAGCAAAUUGCCCACAAUGAUGGUUAUUUUCUUGAUGACAUCAAUGACUACCAUCCAGAGAACAACAAAUGUGUUGAAGGUGCUGAGGACACUAUCAGCUCUGAGAUCAAUAUGCAGCUGAUCUGUGAUGCUGUUAAUAAUUCUGACAAAUUUACUGCAGUUGUGUCUGAAGAUGCUGGACGAUACCUCUGUGAUUACUCCUACUUUACUUCAUUGUACAUAGACCGAACACGAUGUGCGUUUAUACAUGUUCCAACACUUGACAAGGGCUACACCAGUGAAGAACUUGCUCAAGGUGUCAAAAUGGCAAUUUUGUUAAUGCUUGAACAAAUAUCAUCUUGACCUGAAAUUUUGUCCUAACACAAUUUAAUGGUUGCUGUGGGAAAUGGCCCUUAAAUAUAUACAUACAUAUAUAUGUAUAUGUAUGUGUGUGUAUAUAUAUAUAUAUAUAUAUACACAUGCAUACACACAUUAUAUACAUGCAUAUACACAUACAUACAUAUCUAUAUAUGUGUGUGUGUAUGUGUGUGUGUGUUUGUGUGAAAAGGAAGCUGAAUUAAAAGAUGUGAUAAGUUAAGAAAAUAAAAGAGGUGGUGACUGUGUACUGAUUCUUUCAGCAAUGCAUGCAUAUAUAUACAUACUUAUAUGUGUGUGUAUAUAUAUAUAU